AUGCCACUGAGGUUCCAGAUGUGUACGCAGAGUUAUACUUACAAUUGUGGUGAUAAUAAUGAUGUAACAAAUGAAAAAGAUGAAGAUCCAAAUACAGCAUUAUAUAUUACCGAUGAUUAUAUGUUACUUCCAGGUGGAAAGCAAGAUCAUAUGACCGAUAUCAAUACGUUUAUGAUCGUCAUCAAUAAUGCCAAUCCAUUUUUUAAUCCAUCACAAGAUGUUUACGACAGACCACAUGUUUAUAGUCAAACAUUCAAACGUCACAUUGCCGUUGUGAUGGUUUUAUGGUUAAGAACUGCCCAAUCAACCGGAGGUAAAGUAACUCGGAAUAAUUAUACUUGGCCAUUUUACAAUGUGUGUUAUUCAACGGCUGUGUUGAAAUUUCUCUAUAAUCCACCACGAACAAAUUAUACGCCAAGUCAACAUCUUCCGUCAUUUGCUCGCGAUGAAUACUGUUUGAUUCAUGGGAUGAAAUUAAUUGACGACAAAGAUUAUUAUCUACGUAAUCGUCUACGUGGUGUAUUCAACCAAGUUAAAACUUCCUUUACGCCAAUGAAAAGAGUCGUGUUAGAAAUAAAUGAGAAAAACAAAGCAUUUCCGGUGAAGGUUGAUAAUAAUUCGAAUAUCUAUCAUCAAAUUACCAUCGGCGUUGCUAAAUAUGGUGCUGAUUUAACGAAUUAUAGUUUAUGUUAUUCUGAUCAAAACAAUAAAUGGAUAGAUAUUGAAACCGACGAUGAUAUCCGGUAUGGUUUGGAUUUUUUACGUGACCCAACCACAAUACCUUUAAAAUUGGUGCCAAAACACCCUGUUAGUGCCACCGCACCUAGCAAUGGUCAGGAUCCUGGCGUAAAAACAACAACAGCAUCAUAUAUUUCCAAUCCGUUGGUUGUUGCUUUGAAAGGAAAACAUGAUCAAAAUACAACAGCAGCUGAUUCAGUGUCAACAAAAAGAAAAACAAUUCGUUUUGAGUUCGUAUUCAUGUCCUCUAAUAUUAUUGAUAUAUUCGACAAGCAGAAAAGCGAUAAUGAUUGGUUUAAGGGAUAUGUUAUACCAUUAGAUCUGCAUCGAAAAUUGGGUGAUGAUGAUUACAAACGUAUUGAGUUUAUGAUGGUAACAUAUAGGCCACGUUUUCCAAUAUGGAGAGUUGCUCAUUUAGAAACAGUAACAAAAUGGUUAUUGGAAGCAAAUAAACAAAAUUUGACUGAACCGCCAAGUGACGAAGUGUUAAAUCAGUAUGCAUUAGCACACCAAUUAAUUACUAUUGAUACAAAUUUGAAAUCAUUUGUUACACGCAUGCUGAUUGAAAUGCGUACAUGCACAUUUUGUGGAAAUUUAAGUGAUUUGCAAAAUCGAUUAAAAACAUAUGAAAUUCAUGUGUUUCCACAAUUGAAAAAUUAUAUUAAUGUUGAAAUGCAGCCAACAAUCGAUGGAUCAGAAGGUCAAAUAGCGGUAGAUGAUGGUAACAAUGGUUUUUGA